ACAUACUUAAUAACGUGCUAGUACAGUAAACAGUCCACAAUGUCAUGAAUGAAUUUGUAGAUAGACGUCUGAUUUGAAUAACCAGCGGUUGUGAAGAUUUGUUGUGAUUUGAAGGAGUUUACGCAUCUCAACACAUGACUGGAUGUACUGUUGACUGAAGGCACUUGAUGGAGCACAAAAGAGAAGUUAUUUCGUGUGGUCUGCAGCUGAAUAAUGCUCGUUCAGUGACAUUUCUGCUGUCCCUUUAAACACACAAUUUCGGAUUAUUUGUAAGCCUCUGCAUUUAAGCCCAGCUGUCAGAGAUGGACGGCAUUGGGAACAGCAUGCAGAAGAAAGCUGCCGAGCUGGAACGCUUGGCCGAAGUCCUCAUUACCGGAGAGCAGUUACGGCUGCGACUUCAUGAAGCUAAGGUGAUUAAAGACAGGAGGCAUCAUCUCCGCACCUACCCAAACUGCUUUGUGGCCAAGGAAAUUAUCGAUUGGCUAAUUGAGCACAAAGAAGCAUCUGAAAGAGAAACUGCCAUCAAGAUAAUGCAGAAACUUCUUGACCAGAGCAUUAUUCAUCAUGUUUGUGAUGAGCACAAGGAGUUCAAAGAUAUGAAGCUGUUCUACCGUUUUAGGGUAGAUGAUGGGACCUUUCCACUGGAUAACGAAGCCAAAGUUUUCAUGAGAGGCCAACGCAUAUAUGAGAAGUUGAUAAACACUGAAAACUCGCUGUUACAAGUACGUGAUGAGGAGGAGUUGACAUACGAGCGGACGCUAGUGGGAUCAGAGUUUAUAGACUGGCUGCUGCAAGAGGGUGAAACGGGCACCAGAGAGGAGGCUGAGCAGUUAGGACGCAGACUCCUGGAGCACGGCAUCAUUCAACACGUUUCCAACAAGCAUCAUUUCAUGGAUGGUGAGCUGCUUUACCAAUUCAAAAUGAAUUUCCGCCGGCGGCGGCGAUUGCUGGAGCUGUUGAACGAUCGUUGCCGUAGCAUCCCGGAGAACCAUGACAGCCCGUUCUGUCUGCGCAAGCAGGCCUCCGAAGGGGGAAACACAAGCUUCCUCUCAGUGAGCCCCACUAAAGAGAUCAAGGUGGUGUCGGCAGUGAGGCGGAGCAGUUUGAGCAACAGUUGUGGCAGCAGCGGUUACUAUAGCAGCAGCCCCACUCUUAGCAGCAGCCCACCUGUCCUCUGCAACCCAAAAUCAGUGCUGAAGAGACAAGUGAGCCCAGAUGAACUUCAGGCUCCUGGUGGACUUUACAUAAAGAAGACAUUCACAAUUGUGGGUGAUGCAGUAGGCUGGGGGUUUGUGGUGAGAGGAAGCAAACCCUGCUACAUUCAGGCUGUCGACCCCGGGGGCCCGGCUGCAGCUGCGGGAAUGAAGGUGCGUCAGUUUGUGGUGUCAGUUAAUGGACUGAGCGUGCUCAAUCUGGACUACAGGUCUGUCAGUAAUCUUAUCCUCACUGGUCCUAGAACAGUUGUUAUGGAAGUUAUGGAAGAAGCAGAAUGCUGAAGACAAGAUCUCUCUCUCUCUCUCUCUCUCUCUCUCUCUCUCUCUCUCUCUCUCUCUGUGAGAGGACAGGCAGAACUCCCCCCUCUCUCCUAUAUAAAUUCUCUGUUGCGCUGGUGUGCUCAGAGAUGAGUGACCUCUUGAUUCUGUUCUUCGUUUUAAUCCAAACCAUUCGUUUUGACACUAAUCUAUGCUUUGACAUUCGUGCCUCACACUGGCUCUUCAUCGACUGUUACUGGUCCAUGACUGCUGAGACUGUAACUGGACAUAUUUUCUGAGAUCAUGUGAGAAAGCAACUGCCAAAUAUUAUUUUGUAGCAGAUUUUAUUUAGAAUCGUAGCAAGUAAAACACUUGUGGUGGUCGAAACAUGUCAGUUCACACAUACUGUAUACUAAAAAGUAAUAUAUUUGUGUCAUUCAGGUAAGGGCAGGGCAUAUUGCUCUUUUUAACUCUGUUUUUCUUCAUUUAAAGGGUACCCCGACUAUACACUAACAUUAAAUAGAUUAAUAAUUUCAACUUUUGUCAACUUUUAAAAAACUAUUAACUCAGAGGCCGCCGUUUUGUUUACACACAAUACUUACCUUAAAAUUUUAAAAAACCCGUUGUAUUAAAGUGCACCUAUUUUAUUGCUAAAAAAACGUUAUUUUGUGUAUAUACACACAAUACAAUGUGUUUGCGUGGUUACUGGUUCAAAAAACACAUUAUUUUCCACAUACCGUACAAUUUUGUAGCUCCAGAUUUACCUGUCUUCCUGAAACGCUCUGAUUUUGUACAAAACUCACGGAUUUGAAAAGCUAUGUGUCCCUGAUUGGCCACCUAAUCUGUACGUUGUGAUUGGUCUGAACAGCUCUGACAUCAGCCAGAAAUGUGACGCUCCUUACAAUGUUUGAAAGAUUCAGUCACAAUGCAAUGCUAACAGGAGUUAACUUACAGGCUGAAUCCGAAGCGGGAGGAAUUAUGAUAAUGUCGAUCAUGUCACCAUUCCCAGGAAGUAAAUUGUUGCCUACAAUGUGUGUGUUUGUUGUAGUCCAAGAAAAGAGAUUUACGUUGAAAACGUGUCAUGGUUUACUUUAGGAUUUGUACCUUUUGUUUUGUGUAUCGUAAACAUGUACUAAUACACACUUACACACCAGGAAAUGUAAAAUCGUGAAUCGGACGAUAGUUACAAGUCUUUAAGUAGAUUGUUAAAUGAAGUGAAACAGAAGAUGAGAGUUAUAAAUGCACACAGACAGUAUGUGGCAGUAUGUGGUCCUGACACCUGCAGUCAUUUAAAAUACAAGAACCUGAGAGUAACAUAAAUGCUGAACAAUACAGUAAACAUACAAAUGAAUAAUUCUCACAUAAUAUAGUUGUAUUAUAGUUAUAUUAUAGUAUUUACUAUAGUAAACUGUAGUAAUAUUUCGUGACAACUAGUAAUGAAAAUAUUUUAUGUGUUUCUAUCCCAAAUAUAAAGUAUUAAAGCACACAAGUCUUCAUAGUCAAGGUACCCUUUAAUGUUUUAGAGAGGCUGUGAUCUAUAUACAGUAAAUGUUCAGCUCUUGCUGUGUCAGGUGUUUUUGAUUUGGUUUAGAUUAGUUUAAAAUAACUCCCUUAUAUUUCUGCCAGGCCAAUUGGCACUUAUAAACUAAUAUACAGAUUUGACACAUUCAUGUAUAUGCAGGGGACGACCAACAACAGCACUUACAGUACAGACUUUCUUUUAGCUGAAACUUGAAUGUUUAAAUCCUAACGCACAUCUAAAAGAUGUUCUUGUAUUGUGUCUCAGUUUCUGUUUUUCAAGUGUGUUGUAUAACUAGCUAGUUUUUAUUUUCUAUUUGCCCAUUAGGCAACAAGAAGGCAAUCAAUGUAUAAUGUUCCUAUAUUAUUACACAAAAUAAUAUGGUUUUGUGUAUGUGUUACUGUUCUAACAUGACAAAUAACAUUUUAGAAUAGACGCAUAUUGUGUUUAUACAGAUGUAAUAGAGUAAAGAUCAAUAAAUAAAUCAACACAAUCAUCAUACUUGCUUACUAAAAGUAUGUAGUUAAAGGAAUUAUUGACUAAUUGAAAAAAUACAGUAGCCUUGUCCUGUACCGUGUGUGUUAAGAACUUCUAGACGUGUAUUUUGUACAAAUACAGUACAAACAUUGUGCAGGAAUCAAGAAAGUGUUCAUCUUUUAUAAUCUAUAGUGUGUAUUAUACAUUAUGACACAACUGAAAAUGUUAAGUAAACAUUUUAGGCGGGAUGGUAGUUUUGCAAGAUGCUGUGUACUCAUUUGUAUUAAGGACAAUAACACAACUACACUCUAAUGAUCUUUUAAUUAUACAAUAUGUUUUGUGCAUAGAAUAAGUACAACAAUAAGCUUGAAUCUUCUGCCUUAAUGACUCACAUUAUGCUGCUAAUGCUCACAGCUGGUCACAACUUUACUUAUCAUACAAUACAUACUGUACCGUGGCCUCUUUUAAAGGCUGUUUGUUGGUGAAGAUUUCCGGGUGAUCUUGACAAUCAGCAUCCUUUUGUCUGAGUAGUCUGUUAAAUACGGAUGUAAACGUGCCACAUGUACCCUACCGGCAGGAUAUAAGCUAAUCGGAUGGUUCUUACAGUCUGUUUUUUAAUCGCGCAUUUGUUUUAGAUUGAAUAAGAGAGAAUUUCAUCCGAAACUCACUUUGAUGCAACCGAGUUCAAUGCAUGUCUAUUUGUUUGUUUGUUUUUGUGAAUGGAGGAGACUCCCGGUACCGUAUGUGUAUUUCUCUGUGCAGCUCUAGAUGAAAAUUAAUGUCAAUUUGAUUAAUGUUUUAUUAAAGAUCUUGAAUUCAUUUCAGAA